GCAAGAAUGCAUCGACAGUUUGGUUAAACGUCUAACAAUGGAAAUACUUGACUCAUACUUCUUUCUAUUAAGCCUACCAGGACUGUGGAAGCCGCGAGGCUGGCGAGGAAUCAAAACUUUCUGUUAUUACAUCUACCAACUAAGCGUAGUAUUGUCCAACCAUCUCUUUAUAUUCUCAAGUAUUCUAGACCUCCAGUACAAAAAUAUAAAGCUGGAAAUUCUGUUUGACAACUUGAGCGUACUGAUGGCGUUAACCGUCUGCCACCAGAAGAUGACUUGUGUGAUAUCAAACCGCAAGGCUAUUAAGUUAAUACUUGACUCUUUGAAAAAACCGCCAUUUAAACCCAGGGAUCUCCAGGAGGAACUGAUUAUCCAGAAGAUCAACGGACUCGUCAAGAAAAUUUUCAUCUACUACCCGCUGAUCUUCUUGGGAACGCUGCUAGCCGCUUCAGGCUCCCGGUCGAACAUACUUGAUCCUCAAAAUAUCCUGCCGUACAAAGGAUGGUUACCUUAUGACUACAGCAACCCAACAAUCUACUGGAUGACGGCCUUGUUCCAGUUUUACUCAGUCUACACCGCUACUGCCAUCAACAUGUUCUUUGAUUCUUUCCUAGCUGGGAUUAUCUACUAUCUCUGCUCCCAAGUCGAGAUCCUACAGCACAGAUUCGAGGUUAUGGUCCGAAAAUUGGAAGUCAAUCUUGCUAGGGAGCAGAGUUUUGUUGCUGAGUGGGUUCAAUAUCAUAUUAGUAUUGUCAACUUGAUUAACAAUCUUAAUAAAAUAUUCUCCUGUGUUAUAUUUAUACAAUAUACAUCAAGUUCAUUGAUACUUUGUACGCUUGCUUACUUGAUGUCUCACACAGAGGUUUCGAGUUUUAAUUUUUUCGGUUACUUUGGAUUUUUAGCGGGAAUGUAUUUGCAAAUAUUUCUUUACUGUUGCUCUGCACAUACAUUGACUUCUGAAUUGUUAAGAGUAUCAAAUGGAGUAUACACCACAAAUUGGUUUAACUUGAGUAAUAACGUAAAAAAAUCAAUUGCUAUAAUUAUGUGCAACUGCGACAAGCCUGUUUUGAUAACCAGCGGUUUCUUCUUUGUUCUAUCCCUCGACUCCUUCACUAAGGUUUUAAAGCUUGCUUACUCUAUUCUUAAUGUAUUAGAGUGAAUAUAAAACAACCGGACCUUAUAGCCCUUUGUAAUAGUCGAAAUUAUUUGUUCGCAUGCCCAAACUUCCGCCAUGUUUUUCAGGCAUUUUAUUUAUAAAUAAAUGUAUAAACAGUGCAUAUCUUUAUAAAUAAAUUAGCAAU